CAUCAAAGGAGACAUCAAUAUUUACGUUUUCAAUUGAAUUGUGCGAAAAAUCUCCUCUAAAAUCGAAUUUAACUGUAAAAUACCUCUCAAAACCUCAUAAAAUCCCAAAAUGCCCGGAGUUGAGAUGGCAAACGACCCGAAUGCGGAUCAAAAUAACGAACCAACGAUGUCGGGACCCGUCAAAUUCGGCUUAAUUUAUCCGCCGCCCGAAGUUCGGAACAUUGUCGAUAAAACGGCAAGUUUCGUCGCUCGAAACGGGCCCGAUUUUGAGGCUCGCAUCCGUCAAAACGAACUUGGCAAUCCGAAAUUCAAUUUUUUGAGUGCCGGCGAUCCGUAUCACGCGUACUAUCAGCACAAAGUCAAGGAAAUCCGCGAAGGAAAAGUCGCUGACACGCUUUCGUUGCCGUCGGGCAUUCAAAAGUUGUCGGUGCAAUCGCAGCAGAAGCAACAAGAACUUUUGAAGCAGGCGACGGAACAGCAAUUUGUGCCCAAGGAGCCUCCGCCAGAUUUUGAAUUUGUUGCUGAUCCGCCGUCGAUUUCGGCGCUUGAUUUGGACAUUGUAAAGCUAACAGCUCAAUUCGUCGCUCGUAACGGCAGAAAAUUCCUCACGGACUUAAUGAAUCGCGAACAACGCAACUACCAAUUCGACUUUUUGCGUCCUCAACACUCACUUUUCCAAUAUUUCACGAAACUUUUGGAGCAAUAUACGAAAAUUCUUGCUCCUCCCAUGAGUUUGUUGCCCAAAUUACGUCAAGAAUGCAUCGACGGACCCGAAAGUCGCAACAUCAUCUUGGAUAACGUGAAAUAUCGCGCCAAUUGGCAAAAAUUCCAAGAAGCCACACGCCGUUUGGAAGAAGAAAAAGUCGAACGGGAACGAGUUGCGUACGCCCAAAUCGACUGGCAUGACUUUGUCGUUGUCGAAGUCGUGGAUUAUCAACCGUUCGAGCAUGGAAACUUUCCGCCGCCCACGACACCGAAAGAAGUUGGUGCUCGUGUCUUGAUGGAAGAGCGAAUUGCCGAAGGAGGACCUGCUGAAGUCGAAAUGCAACUGGAAUCGGAUUCGGAGGAUGAUGGCGCGAACGAAAAUGCUCGUCAUGCGAACGUGAAAUUGUCGCAAAUGGAAAAUCGCGUCGGGCAAAAGGACAAUACGCAAGUUCAGGACAUGGAUGAAGCUUCAAGCGGUGAUGAGGUCCCAAAACAAGCUGCUCCAAUCAUGCCUCCGCGCUUGGAUAACGUCGUCGUGAAGAAAUACGACCCGAAACAAAGCGCAAAAAUCGCCAAACCUCCCGUCACGGACGAAUAUCUCAUUUCGCCGAUCACGGGAGAACGCAUCCCGGCGUCAAAAGUUGCCGAGCACAUGCGAAUUGGCUUGCUGGAUCCCCGUUGGGUCGAACAACGCGACAAACACAUUGAAAAAGUCGCGCAGGAAAAUGUUUAUGCGCCCGGCGCUGCAAUCGAGGCGAGUUUGAAGCAACUUGCCGAACGUCGUACGGAUAUUUUCGGUGUUGGCGACGAAGAAGCUGCGAUCGGUAAGAAAUUGGGCGAAGAAGAAGUCAAAAAGGAUGAUCGUGUCACGUGGGAUGGACACACUUCGAGUGUUGAAGCAGCAACGAGAGCAGCGCGUGCGAAUAUUUCGAUCGAGGAUCAAAUUCAUCAAAUUCACAAAGUCAAGGGAUUGAUUCCGGAUGAGGAAAAGGAGAAAAUUGGACCGAAACCUGUGCAAAUUCAGCAUCAGCAACAAUAUCAACCGCCGCAGCAUCAACAGCAGCAGCAACAACAAAGACAACCUCCGCCGAGACCUCAGAUGCCGAUUCCCGGGCAUGUAGCGCCUGUUAUGCAAAAACCGAUUCCGGGCAAUGCGGCGCCCAUUCAACGAGAUUUGGUGCAUCAUACAGCGCCGCAAAUUGCUCCUCCGGUACCCGUUAUGAUGCCUGUUAUGCCAAUGAGACCAAUGAUUCCUCCUCCCUUCCCGAUGGGAUUCCCCGGCGGCGCUCCUCCAAACAUGCCCGGAGGCCCAAGACCCGUCAUGAUACCCGGAAUGCCUCCUGUUCCCAUGGAAGCUCCUCAAUUCGACGAAUCUGAGCCGCCAAAUAAACGCGCCCGAACUGAAGACAAUUUAGUUCCCGAAGCGGAAUUCUUGCAACGACACAAUGGCAACAUAACGAUCCAAGUACAAGUUCCUCAACAAACGGAAAAGGCGUCGAACGAAUGGAAGUUGAAUGGACAACUAAUUUCUGUCUCGCUCGCACUCACAGACACAAUUGCCGCUCUAAAAUCGAAAUUGCAAGACGAAAUUGGCAUGCCACCCGCCAAGCAGAAACUCAUUUACGAAGGAAUGUUCUUCAAGGAUAACAAUUCGUGCGCUUUCUACAAUUUGUUGUCCGGAGCGACGAUUAAUUUGCAAGUCAAAGAGCGUGGAGGAAGGAAAAAGUAAAAAAAAAACAAGGAGAAUAAUUGUGAAAAUUUUUAAUUUUAUUUUAAAAUCAUUUAAUAUCAACGGAUUAGAGACUUAGAGUAUAAAAGUUUUAAAAUUUCUCUUGACGACUUGACUUGAAAUUAAAAUUUAAAAACUAAUAAAAUUGCACUAUACAUAAAAUUAUUAACUUGAGUCUGGUUGAAUUUUAUUCAUUCAUGGUUAUUAAGGUUGAUGCAAUG